AAGAGGAGGAGGAAGGGGACGAGCUGCUGCCUCGCGAAGCCCCUCGCCCAGCAUGAACUGAGCUCGGCCCCGCCGCCUCCCCGCGCAGCAGCGCCGCCGCCCCGGAGGCUUUGCGAGCCGAGCUGGGGAGCAGGCUUUGAAGCCCAGAUGCCGCUGGGGCUUCCCAGCACAGCGCGGCUGCUCCUGCUGGCACCUGGCGCAACAUUGCCCCCCGCGCUGCCGCCGACGCGCUCGCUGGAGGCUCGCUCCGCGGUGCACUGGGAGAGCGAAGGUAGCGGCGGCUGCGGCGGCGGCUGCUAACCCGGCGCAGCGGGUCCUAAUGCCUGUCACUUCCCGGGACGCGCUGGCGGCGGCGGCGGCAGCAGGCGAAAGCCCCCGGAGCCCCGCGCAGGUUUGCCUGGCCUCUCCCGCAAUCUGAUUGGAUCAAGUCGGGCUCUACGUGGCGAGGGCUCUUGGAAACCAUGGGUUAUUGCAGCGGCAGGUGCACGCUGAUCUUUGUCUGUGGCAUGCAACUGGUUUGUGUGCUGGAGAGGCAGAUAUUUGACUUCCUUGGUUAUCAGUGGGCACCAAUCCUGGCAAAUUUUGUGCACAUUAUUAUAGUCAUACUUGGCUUAUUUGGAACCAUCCAGUAUAGACCUCGCUACAUAACAGGAUAUGCUGUCUGGCUAGUCUUCUGGGUCACAUGGAAUGUGUUUGUUAUCUGCUUCUACUUGGAGGCUGGGGAUCUUUCAAAGGAAACGGAUCUUAUUCUGACCUUUAAUAUCUCAAUGCACCGUUCUUGGUGGAUGGAGAAUGGCCCAGGCUGUACAGUGACAUCUGUGACUCCAGCCCCAGAAUGGGCACCAGAGGAUCAUCGUUACAUCACUGUCUCAGGGUGUUUGCUUGAAUACCAGUAUAUAGAAGUGGCUCACAGCUCCCUUCAGAUCUUCCUUGCACUGGCAGGGUUCAUCUAUGCCUGUUAUGUUGUGAAAUGUAUUACUGAAGAAGAGGACAGCUUUGAUUUCAUAGGUGGAUUUGACUCUUACGGCUAUCAAGGCCCACAGAAGACAUCUCAUUUACAGCUACAGCCUAUGUAUAUGCUCAGCACUGAACUAGAGGAAAGAGCACCACCUAUUGAAUCAGCAACACCACUUCCAGCAGCAUUGAGCACUUCCUUGGAGGUCCCCUAUCCAUCCCAGUGCUGCUUAGUUUCUGAAAUCUUCCAGGAUCACAGCACAAGGCGGUCAAAAUGAACAAGGUGACUUCUGUGUGGGGGCUGAAGGACCUUUCAAAAAACUUGUUUCAGGAUGGCCCCCUGUGUUCUACAAACAGCAAAAAAACAACCUUUGUGUUUAAAAAAAAAAAAGAAUAAGCAUACGCUGAGACAGAGAAACAAAAGGUGCAUUCGACCUCUCUUUCCAACAAGUACAGACAGAGAUGCACAUUACCCCCUUCUUGGAUUUUCUGAAUAUACAAAAACAACUGCCAGGCCUUUGGAAGGUUCAAAAGGAGAAGCAUUGGUGCCAUCUGCUGGCUAUUACCUGUGUUUACUACCUUCGUUCCUACUUAUUUGAGUUAUGAAAUGAUUUCGUCCAAUUCAGUUCUUUCUGAGACCACUUGCACCAAGUCUCCUUAGUCAUUAUAAUAUUAAAAAAAUACCAUGAUGACCUUGUAACAGAAGCCAAUAGACAGCAAGUUGUUUGCCCUAAAGGCUGUACAAGUACAUACUUGCCUUAACCCAACUAAGUUGCACAUCAGAGAAACUCAGUGCAGGCUUACUGAAGCGACUUCCUUUAGAUUCAACCUGCUGCUGUUAAUUCUGAAAGCUUUUUUUUUUCGUGUCAGGGAAUAAGGCUCUGUUGCUCAGCAGCUCCAGAGUGACCACAUACAAAAACUGCCAGCCAUCAGAGAAGUGCUUUACUAAUGAGCCUCCACAAUGGUCAAGAAAACAAACAAUUUAUAAUGCUUAAAAGAGAAAUUGAUCUCUGGGAUUGGGAAAAAGGGUAAAGGGAAUCCCUCAUUAAACCAAUAACUGAACCUACUGGAAAUAAACAACAGUGUUUCAUAACCCCACUGUUUUUAUUUAUCACACUGUAGGUGCUUUUAUAACUAACUCUAAAUAUGUCUUUUACUAACUACAGAGACAUCUGCAGAUUUCUAGCAACAGAGGCCAACUGAAUAUGUAUUAGCUACAUUUACUCUUUUAUAUCUAAUUUCAAUUGAAAAUCCUAUGUAAGUGAGCAUUCUUUUUUCUAAUUGCACCGGAAGGGAUCUAACUUCUUUUGUUUGUUUUGGUUGGCGUAGAGUGGGGAGGGACUAGCUGCAUUGGUGAAAUAUUGGAGAUCUUUUUGUGGUAUAUUUGGGGAUCCGUUAUGUGUUAGAAUGUGUAUUUUAUCUUCCUGUAAAAUUGUGGCUGAAAAAAACUGUGCUGUUAUGUAGUUGGCAACAAGAUGCCUUUGGGGAUUUUACUAGUAGGUCAAUGUGUUUAUGACAUAUUCUGAACUCAUAGGAACGUUUGUUUUGUUCUGAAUUUGAUCUGUAUUUUCAAGCACUUAGGCAGCUUUCAUUAGAAAAAAAGAUUUUGCUCAGGCUUUUCAGGAACUUGAAUUGUCAUUCUUUCUUUGUUCAGAAACUGCACAGACAAAUGCACACACCUGCCACACGCACCUGCCAGCCACGUGUCCUUGAGGGCAUGAGAGUUCAGUGCUUGGAAAGGUGCAAGAUCAUCACAAAGCGACUCUUUUCCUAGCUUGCCAAACCUUCACAGUCUCUGUGGCUUAUAGGUACCAUUGCCCUGUGCACUAACUCUACUUAUCCAUUGCUAUAGAAAUUGACGCCCUUCGCUGUGUAUGCGUGAAUGUAAUGUGUCACAAACAAUAAAUCUGGACAAUGACAGAGGAACAAGCAUUCCCCACUAAAAAUAAGAUACAAGACAGGUUUAGAAACUAUACUUACAUUAAUUCUGUAAGAUUUUCUAUAUAUGUGUGUGUGUGUGUGUGCAUGUAUGUAUGUAUGUAUAUAUAAUACACACCUACAUAUAUUGAGGGAAGAUGCAUAAUGUUAUGGCUUGAACAUGGGGCUAAGAGCCAGGAAUUCCUGAGUUCCUGAUAAGCUAUGUGACCAUAGACAAGUCACUUAGGCCCUGAACCAGCAAACCUCUUAAAAACAUGCUUAAUGUCUUUGGCUGAAUUGGUGUCUUCUUCAAAAAAAUUCCUAUGUGGGUGCCUAAAUUUAGACUCCCCUAAAUCUAUAUUUAGAAGACCUGGCUGGAAAUGGAAUUUCCAUUCUAUGGGAAAUUCCGACUGUUCAAACUUUUUUCAUUCGGAAUCAGAAAAAAAAGCUGAAAUUUCUUGCAAAACAAAAUAUCUGACAAAUUUUGAGUUGAGGCCAUUGAAACAUGUUGUUGCUGUUGAAUCAUUUCAUUUUGAUCAUAUUGAUUUCUUUCCUUUAGACUUUUAUAUUUGAUUAAAAAUUAAAUGUUUAUAUAUGUAUAUAAAUUAAAUAUAAAAGUCCAAAUGAAAUUAAUCAAAAUGUCUAAACAAAACGAGAAAGUCAAAACAAUUCAUUUUCACUUCUUCCUCUCAAAAAUAUUGUUCCAAUGAAGCAUUUUGAUUUUAACACAACUGCAUUUUUCAUUUACAUUUUUUUUGACCAUCUCUAGUAUUUAGGCACCAAAAUAGUGGCCUGAUUUUCAAGGAUAAUGAGCAGUCAUGUCUUGCAUUGACUUUCCAUUCACAUUGACUGGGAGCUAUUAGUGCUCUGCACCUUUGAAAGUCAAGCAAUUUAUUUAGGUGCCUCAGCAUAGAUUUAGGAGCCUAACUUUAGGCAUCCAAGUUAGAAAAGUUUGUCCUUAACAUCGCUUUGUUUCAGUUCCCCCAACUAUAAAAUGUGAAUAAUAAUAACUACCUCACAUAGUGAUUGUGAGGAUUAAUUAAUGUUUGUGCAGUGCUUAGAAUUACUAUGUAAGUGCUAAGUAUUAUAAAUAAUGUGUGUAUAUUUAUAUAUUGCAUAUGUACACACAUAUGUAUACAUACACUCAAGUAUAUAGAGAUAUAUACACAUAUAUAAAGUAGGCAUUCAUAUUCCUGCUUAAGUUGCAGUGAAAGCACUAGUAUUCCAGGACUGUUGACUACUACACUAAAGGAUGAUGUUUUGGAAGCAGUUUGGAGCACAGUAGUGUGAGAAUAUCUGGAAUGACAUUUUUUAUUUGUACAGCUGUAUCCGCCUCAAAAUCCAGUAAAGAAUGUUAUUUUUCUAGGCUGGGUUUUUGUUAUAAAGCUAAAUAUU